CGUUGACGAAUAGAAAUAGAGGGGAGAAUAGCAUGGUAAUAGCAAAUGAAUAAAAUUACAAUGCUUAAACUACAAUAGAUUUGUAUGCAACAACUUUCGAAUUUAUUUAAAAAAAUCAUCAUUUUCUAUCUUGGAAAAAAAAUAGAUUAAAAUAUAUCCAAGACGUAAUAUUGUAAUAUUUAAUAUCUACUAUUGUAAGGACACUGAGAGCGUAGAAAAUCAGAUAAAAAUAACGAAUUCUCUUUAAACGAAUUCUUAUUUAAAAUCAAUUCUCGAACAGAAUGUUUCGUACUGGUACAAUUUCAUAUUAAAUCUGUAAUUGUAAACAUCCAAAUGAACGCCGUAUAAACGUGUUUCUUGGUCAGCGGUCAGAAUUAUAAACAAUUUUAAAACGAAUAGUACUAAUUGUCACUUUAAUUAACAUGGAUAAUGAUUUCCUAAAUUGGAUAGAGAAACAAAACACUCGAGAGGAUGUUUCCCAUGUAGAUCAGCCAACAUCGUAUGGAUUGUUGAAAAAGAAAGUUGCAGCGACUCACGAAUUAAUUAAAAAGUAUAAUGAUAAACUGAAAGAAUGUGAACGGUUAAAACAAGAGUUAGAUACAUUAAAUAAACGAAUGAAAGAAGUAACAUGUAAUUAUAAUUCUAGUUUAGCAAAAGUUAUUAAAUUAGAACUUCAAAAUACAGAAUAUAAAAAAAAGAUUGAUACUCUAGCUGCACAAGUAAACGAAGUUACUAUCAAAACAGCAGCUGAUCAGCAACAUAUACAACAAUUAAUAUGUAAAAUAAAGGAUAUAGAAGGAAAUCAAAAUGACAAAAUAAUCCAAUAUGAUGUAGAAAAAUCUUCACUGCAAGUUAGAAUCAAGGAAUUGGAGCAAGAGUUAAAAAAUGUAAAAAGAUCUUAUGAAACAAAAAUUAAAAAAAUAGAAAAGAAAGUCUCUAUAGAAACUGAAAACAAAGAAAAAUUAAAGGAUGCUGGAACCAAUACCACAUUAAGUAAAGAUAUGGUAAUACAGAAACCGGAGGUUGCAGAUAAAUCCAUGUUAACUCUUGAAUUUUACGAUAUUAAAGAUAACCCAUAUCCUAUAUUUUGUAAUGAGUGCAAAAUUCUAUUAGAUCCACCUCCUUUUAAGGAAAUAUGUAAAGUUGUGAGCGAUUCAUGUCCAAAACUUAUUGAAAAGAUUUCGUCCCCACCCAGAAAACUUUCAUCUGCGUUAGAAGAAUCAACAGAUAUAAACAAUGAACAACAAUGUAAAGCUAAAAGUUUAUCUACAUUGAUAGAUAAGUCAUCACAGGAAUCAAAUCAGAAUAGUCGUUUAAUAUUUACUUCAACAAAUUCAUUAUCUCCGCAUACAGUUCCAUUAAAUCAUAUAAAUUGUAACACUUUUUCCUCGACGUCGAAUUCAAUAAAUCAGGGUAACAAUCAUAUCUUUUCAACGCCAAUUAAUCCUUCGUCAAUGAUAAAUUCGAAUACACCCAAUGAUAAUAAGAAUUGUGAGAGUUUAAUGACUAUAGCCACAUCUUCGAUAUCGCUUAUUUCGUCAUUACAGAAAAAAAUUUAUGCGUUAGAAACGAAAGUGAAAAAAAUGAAAAAGAAAUUAAAUAAAAAGAACUCAAAUCGAAACAACACUUGUAAGGAACAUCAUCAAAAUGUCAGUAUGUAUGACAUAAAUAAUUUCAUGCAAACUAAUUUUGAUGAAUUAUGGAGGAAAAUGAAAGGUACUUAUGAUAGAAAAGAAAGGAAGAAUUUAGAUGCACAUAAAAGAUUAAAGACAUUAUCUGAUUUGACAUUACAAAAUGCGCACACUGGUUCUUGGAAAGUUGAUUCAAUUGUAGAAAAUAAACAGACUUCUGUUAAGAAAAAAGUAAAGGUUAAACGUAAGAAAUUACAAAAUGCGCACACUAAUUCUUGGAAAGUUGAUUCAAUUGUAGAAAAUAAACAGACUUCUGUUAAGAAAAAGCCUAAGAAGCAUAAGUUUGUACAUUCGUUAUUCGGUCAAUCUGAUAAUUCGUUAAAUGAUACUGAAGAUUCAGAAAAAUUAAACAGUGAUUUUAAAGCAGAUUCAUCCAUUGAUAAGUUUAAUGAUUCUGAAGACUGUGCAGAAUCAGCAGAUUCACCCAUUGAUAAGUUUAAUGAUUCUGAAGACUGUGCAGAAUUAGCUGAUUCACCCAUUGAUAAGUUUAAUGAUUCUGAAGACUGUGCAGAAUCAGCAGAUUCAUCCAUUGAUAAAUUUAAUGAUGUUGAAGACAAUGUAGAAUCUCAAACCAUAUCACCUGCAAGUCCAUUUUUGAAUUCUAAUGAUACGGAUGUAAAUAAAACUAAAGUAGAAAUAGUACAAAAUUUUGUUCAACGUAGUAAGUCAAUAGAAGGUGAUUCGGGAAUAUUGUCUGAACAUGAAAGUAAUAAACUGAUGCAACUUAAAGAAACUACGGACACUUCUUCAGAAUUAACAGAGCAGAAAAAUACCAUAGAAAGAAAUUCUUCCAUAGAAAAUGAACCAUGUUUUAGUGGACAUAGUAAACUAGUAAAUAAGUCCAUGACAAAACUAGCGCACGCAUCACAUUUGAUAAAAUUAAAUAAACCAAUUGAAGAAAAAGUUAUCUCAGAUACAUUAUCAAACUUAGAUGAAAAAACUGAAAAAGCAGAGCAUGCAGAUAUGUCAAAAACAUUACCACCUAGUAAUCUAGAAGCUGAAAUUGAAACAAAUAAUUCUGAUAUCCUAAAUUCUAAGAAGAAACGGAAACUAUCCGAGAGCGAAUUAAAAAUAUCCGGGAACCGACAGAAGUUGUUGAAAAAAAUAAGAAAUUUAAAAAGGAGCAGUAAGAUUGUAAAAACAUGUCAAAACAUGCUAAAACAAGAUAUAUCUAAUGACGAAAAUGAAGAUUCUAAUAUGUCUGAAGACCAAAAAGAUAAUAAUCCUGAAGUAGUUAAAGAAGAUUAUUAUAUAUCUAAAAAGAAACCUCGUAUUGCGCACAUACCUAAAAAUCCAAUUAUAAAAGAAAUGAAAUUAAAUAAUUUUGAAAUACAAUCAGUAAAUGAUCUAGAAAAUAGUAUGAACGAAGUUGAUUUGAAUAAAUCAAAAGAUCAAAUUUGUAGCAAUAAUGAAGAAAAACCUCAAUCGAUGUUUUCGCACUUUAACAACACUGAGAUAGAAAAACCUCCAUUGAUAUUUUCACACUCUAACACUGAAAAUGUAGAAAAUCCUGUUCAUGAGAUACCAGUUUCCAAUAAUUUAUUAAAUAAUUCGGAAAACAAAACGCAUAGACAAAAUAUAAACACAAAAUUUGAAACAAAUACAAAUGAAUAUAAUCAAUUUGAUUCUAUAUCCAAUAUUAAUUCUGUAAAUGAAACAACCGAACAGGAUGAGACAAAGACUGAUUUAAAUAAGUAUAGUGAGCAUUUCAAGCACAUAGAUGAAAGUAAUUUUUUAGAUGUAAAAGAAAUUCGCAAAACGGAUAAUAUAAGCGAACAAAAAUUAUUAAAUUUCAAUGACAAGUCUUCCAUUGAUACUUCAAAAAUAAAUAAUAUAAAUGAAAGGGAUUUAAAUACAGAAGAAAUAACACACAAUAAUGUCUGUACGAAGCAGGAAAUUUCUACUAUACAAUUAGAAUCACACUGUCCAUUAAAAAUGUUGCAGGAAUAUAUUAAUAAGAAACCAAGCAUAAGAAAUAAAAAAAUGUAUAGGAAAAAACUUUUGCAUGCUAGUCAAAUAGGGGAUAAAUUUGUGAACAAACAAUUGGAGAGGCUGAUAAAUAGCGAUUGGGAAAGUUCCAUACACUGGGAUGUAAUUGACAAAUUAAAAUCUAAUUGUAAUGAUCGUAUCAUAGCAAAAGGAAUUAUAGAAUUCUUAAGCACAGAGCAGGAAUAUAAUAAAACUUUAGAUAAAAGUUACACACCACCUGCACCAUUAAUGACGAAAGCGCAACAAAGAAUAGCACCAUUGUUAAUUGACUUAGAAAAAUCAAAACCCCUGGUAUUUCAAUUUGUGCAGGCUGGUAUAGCAUACAAACUUUUUAAACUCAAUCAAACGAUAGAGAGAUGUGUGGUACAAUCUCUUGCUAGAAUGUAUACGAUUUUAGCAAGAAUUAAGAAAGACCGAGAAAAAGUAAGGAUAUUCUGUUGCGACGCUUUGUAUUGUUUGGGACUUCACGCGAUACUUAUUUUAUACACAGUAUUCACUUCCUGGCCAGAAGUUUUCCCGAAUAACGAAACAAGUGUUAAUAAUAAAUUAUUGCCGAAAUGUAUGGCACAUUUAAUCAUGACGCAACAAGGUACGGACUAUCCCAAACUUCAGGCCUUGAAGAAUUUAAUAACGUUAUUCUACAAAUAUCCACUAGGGACAUUAUCUAAAAAUAUCCUCCAAGAGCUGUUGAUUGCACUUCAAGAAAGGUGUGACAGUGAAGUAGAAACUGCUAUUAUACUUCUUGCCAAAAGAGAAGGAACUGCAUGGACGUAUACGAAUAUUAUUAGAGGUGCAUUGUUAUCAAUGAUAAUUAACAAUAAACUACCGAGCACGUACCGAGCGUUUUCUUUAUUAGGCAAUCUGUUACGUGUAUUCCCAAUAGAAGAUAAGGAUAAUUCAGUUGGUGAAAUUGCAGAACAACUAUGCGAUUUAAUCAAUUCUGAUGAAGGAUCGAAUGAGCAAAAAGAAGGCGUUAUCUCGGCAUUAUUAAGUUUAUCAAGGCACAAAUUCGACCAGGUGGUUCAAAAUACGUUAAAGUGGACUCCAUCUGUAUUAUUGCGUGAUCGAACCAUAAAACAAAUCAAUGGAUUAUUUGAUACGCGUGAUUCUGACUUUUGGAAUUCUUAUCUGAAAAAACAUAGAGAAUUGUUCCUUGCUCAGGAAAACAGUAAUACAUAAUGUACAAUUUUUUCGACAGAGUACAGAAUAUUGUGUGAUAUUUACUAUAAGAUAAUUUAUAUUACUUAAAAAUUCUUCCGUAAACGUUGUGUUAAUUAAAGCUUAUAUUAUUCGAUCAAUCACGGCGAUAACAUAUUUUUUGAUGACGUUUUUUUCACGUGAUCCUGAAAAGAUAGAAGUAACAUUUCCUUCAUUUUGUUGUUCGUAUAGUUUAAAUUGUAACAAAUUGUAACAAACUGUAACUUUUAAUCGACUCCUGUUUUAUUACGAUCUAUAACACGCUGUAUGAUAGCUGAUCUUUCUUUUAAGAUUAAAGUAUUAUUAUAUUAUGUACAUUACAUAUACAUAGAAGACUAAAGAGAAACUUAAACUGAUAAUGUAAUUUUGAUAUACCAAAGAAGCCGUUUACAUGGAAACAAACAUGUUUCCGUAAUAUCGUGAACGAAGUUUCGUUCGCGCUUAAAUGUUUUUACUUUAAAUUUCCGUAAGAAAAGAAUUAGAAAAUAGAAAAAAGAAAACUUUUGUUAUAUCGUAAAAUAAAAUAUUGAUUUUCU